UCUCGUUCCACUCAGAAUCUAAAAUGUCAAAUACAGGUAUGUAUAACCAUUAUAUCAUAUCAAACAUUCUUUAAGAAAGACAAUGUAGAGAUAUUUAAUACAGCACACAAUAUCAGAACUUCAAAAAGCUAUAAUUUUGAAACUUAGUCCGCUUAAUUCUGAUUUCACCAUCGUUCUUAAAUUGACAAUAUACUCAUACAUAUGUUCAAAAAAAAACAAAUUUAAAAAUUAGAUUUGUUCUACAUGAUUUUUUUACUAAAAUCAUUUUCAUCAAAAUUUAAUAAUAAAAUUCCUUUAUAAAAAAAAUAAAUACUAAAUUGAACACUAGUUUUUUUUUUACCACUUAAUGAACAUUCUAUUAAAUUUUCACGCAUUUCUGUCAAGUCUCACAAUUUUACAACACAGUACCUACCGAAUAAAUAUUACGUAUAUAACUCUUAAUUUAUAAUGGCUAUAAAUAUCUCAAAAAUAAAUUUUAAAUUUUAAAGGCUCAAAUUUUUAGAAAACUUUACCACGUCUAGAAAAUGUUAAAUAUACGUUUUUUUUCAAAUUUCAUGUCUAUAAAAUUAAUACGAAUAUUUUUAACUGAAUGUCGAUAAAAAUAUUACAAUUUUAUAAAAAGCCUAAAAAUGGCUCAAAUAUUUUUAAAAUUUUACCAUGUCUAUAAAAGGCAAAUAUGAAUGUUCUAUCCAAAUUUCAAGUCUUCACGAAUAUUUUUCCAUUUGAAAAACUAAAAAUUGUUCCAAAAGUACUUAAGAGUAUUUCAGAGCUCUGGAGGAUAUUUCCUUUCAGAAAUGGUGCCGUGUAUACAUAUCAGAGCAAAAUUUCUGAUAAAAUUUUUGUACAUAGUAUAAAAAAAUAAACAUCUUUGUAAAACCAAUACCUUUUUCGCUACACUCAGAAUCUAAAAUUAAGAUAAAUUUAAUACUUUUCGAGAUAUUGCAAAGGGUAUACAAUAUAUUCUCGUGAGACACAAUGCAUAUUGUUUAAAGAAUCUUACAUCUCUACUGUUUUAUAGUUUUGAUAUAUUAAUAGGCUUCUACAAGAAAGUCACCCACAUGCAGUGAAAACAUUUUCGUCACAAAUGAAAGUAUCCGUAUAAUUUAUAUCAAAAAAUUAACACAAGUUUUACUUCUUUAUUUACAGAACAAUCAACUUUGUGAAAUUAAAAAUUGAAAUUGACUCCAACGACAAUGGAUUUUAACGAGUAUAGAAAAAGAGGUAAAUAUUAUGAAUAAUUACACAAAAUAAUACAAAUUAUUAGGUAUGUACUAUUAAAAUUAUCUUGUAGUUUUGUACGGUAAUUUAUUUUUUUAUAUUCCUGUAUAUUCUCAUAAGACAUACAAAUAAUUUAUUUUUAUUCUAGUUUUCAACAAGUUUUAACUUGUACCUGUACAUAAUACCUAUUUAUACAUAAUACACAUUGUGGUUAUUUCUUUACAAACGUUUUAUACGAUAUUUUGUUUUACAACUAGGUAAUUCAUUAAUAAAUAUUUCGACAACAAUUUUAUAAUUUUAUAUUUCUUCAAUUAUGUAAAAUUUUCAAAUUUUUUCAAUUUGUACCUUUAACGAUAGGGAUUUUGUGUUAAUAUACUGCGCCUGGUGCUCAUUUAGAGGGAAUGGAUAUGGUCGUUUUAACGCACGAUUGUGUUCGCGGGAAUAACGAUAACUCACUUCUUAAUUUAAUAUUUGUAUACAAUUUCUUUUCAAACUAAUAAACAACAAUAUUCCACGGUAAUUUAACUUCGAUUUUUUUUAUUUGAUUUCAAAUAAUAAUAGUAUAAAACAUUUACUAAAAAAGAACUUAAAAUGUACUAUUUUUAAAGAUACAUAAUAAAAACAAAGUUAAAUUGAGACUGUAGAAAGUUUUCUUCUUUCUAACAAAAACAUAAUCGUCCCCUUAAACUGGAAGUAUUGUUUUAGCAUAGAUAUAACAUUUCAACCGGUGGCAUAAUAUUUUCAUUUUAUAGAUUGAAUGUUAUGGUUUUAAUGACGAAUUGUAGUUUUUUAUCUAUAGUACCGUUUAUAAAUCUAUAUUAACCUUAAGUAUUGUUAUUAAUAUGAUAUAAAACUCGUUUCAGGAAAAAUAAUGAUCGAUUACAUAGCCGAUUAUUUAGAGACCAUACGGGAGAGACGCGUUUAUCCAAACGUACAUCCCGGAUAUCUAAGGAAUUUAACGCCAGACUGUGCUCCCGUAGAUCCGGAAUCUUGGGAUCAUAUUAUGGAAGACGUUGAAAAUAUUAUUAUGCCCGGGGUAAAUCUUCAAAUGAUACGAAAUACCAAAUUAUUGUUUGAUAAGCAGUUUUUUUUCUUUUUAGAUUACACACUGGCAAUCGCCACAAAUGCACGCUUAUUUCCCAGCGCUGAAUUCGUUUCCGUCUUUACUAGGCGAUAUGCUGGCAGACGCCAUAAACUGUUUGGGAUUUACGUGGGUAAGAUUAAAAUAUCCGAGUUCUCCAUUCAUUAAGAACACCUGUAUCUAUAAUUACUUCCGUUGUAGCUACAAUUUUUUUUAAAAACUUUUAAGGCCAGUAGCCCAGCUUGUACUGAACUAGAAAUUGUAGUGAUGAACUGGCUCGGAAAAAUGAUCGGACUGCCCGAAGCAUUUCUACACACACACAACGAGAGCAAGGGUGGAGGAGUUAUUCAGGUAUAUCGCACAAUUAACUUACGAUCAUUGCACGAACCGUUUUUAAUUUUCGUCCGAUGAUAAUGGCUUAUAUAGACUACCUCAAGCGAAGCAACUUUUGUUUGCUUGUUGGCUGCUCGAACUCACGCUAUCCAACGACUACAGAAAAUAAAUCCAGAAUUAGAAGACGUGGACAUAAAUAGCAGACUGGUGGCCUACUGUUCUGAUCAGGUAUAGCUAUAUUACAACUUAAAAUGAUAAUUUUGUCAACCUUAAUAAUUUAAAUUAUUUAGAUAAUUAUUAAUAUCAAAACUAUUAUGGUAAAAUAGAGUUUGUGCUACCGUGCGCAGUGACCAUAAAUCCCUAUAAUUAGCAUAACUACUUAAGUAGUUAUAAAAUUAACCAUAAGGAAAGUCAGACGCGUCAAAAUGUUUUUCCCAUAGGCGCCAAAAUCAUAAAUAUGGUCCUGAUUAAAAUAUUUAAUCAUAAUACGCACAAUAAUAUGCAAUAAACCGGGUUCGUCGUCACAUAGUAAUUACACUAUGCCCCCCGCGGUCUGCGAAUAAAGACGGCCGAAAUAACUAUUACCACAUACAUAAUGAAUUAUUAAAUUGUCAAGUCAAAUAUUAUCAAACACAAAUAUUUUCGUAUCAGUACACCACUUUAUCCGUAACGUUACUAAUGAAUUUGUAUAGAACAAUUAACUAGAUUUCCUUUUUAAUUUGUAUUUAUUAAUUAUUAACUGUUUAUUAUUUUUAUUUGUGGUUUCGUAUAGUAAGUAUUCGCACUUGAAAAUACAAUAUUACGUGUAGGUUUAUUUCGAAUGUUUAUAAAGACUAUAUUAUAGUUAGAAGCCCUAGUUUUUUAACUGUCCUGGAGCCGUUUCCCUUCCAGCUACGCUACUGAGUAUAUGGUGUCUACAAGCAAAGGAAUAGAUUUUCUUACGAUUUAUUUUUGUAAUGUCAUGCAAGCUCCAAAUACUUUAUCCGUGUUACUUGCUGUCAUAUGGAAACACCUAGACGUUACUUAAUUUGAUAAGCCCGAAUUCUUGAUAUACUCAUAGACAAUAUUUGCUUGAGAUUCUUCAGUUGCUGAUUGAAUUUCUGUGACUCCAAGUAGUUUAAAAAUACCUCCACCAGAUAUUGGAAUUGCCAGUCAAUCAAAUUUUUUCUUAAUAGUCAAAGAUUGUAGCAAGCAAACUAAUAUUAACUAGUAUAAAAUUAAUUAGGCAGUUUUAUUGAAAGUUAUUUGUGUUCUAAAAAACAUAUUCCCAUAUUCAAUCGUGUGUUAUAAUAAUAAUAAUAUUUGACCAUGUAACUAUCCUAUCAAAACUUCCCAACAAAAACCUUCCGUCAACACUGUGUGAAAACCUUGCUAAAAAAAAAAACUCAAGUUAGAAAAGUUGAGAUAUCAAAAUAGGCUAAGUAAUUUCUAAGAGGCUUCAUAAGUUCAUUAGUAUAGAAAUUGUUUAUAAAUGUUUGUAUUUGAUGAAGUGCGAUAAUUUAAUACAAAUAAUUUAACUUAUCUUGGCGGCUACUAAUAUUUACGACUAUAAAUAAACAUAUAAUGCUGACAUGGAUAUUUAUAUCCCCACUUUAUUAUUUAUUAAUAUUAUCAUAAUACUAUUUAAGUACAUACUAUGACUAGUCACCAAGCUAAGUUAAAUUGUUUGUAAUUCAGAGGUUUCAUUGUACAUGCCAUAAGUAACCAAAAUAAUGGAGUGAGCACGCUUAGUGAAUCAUCCUGUAUAUGGACACAUGCAAAUCAUUUAUUAUUAAAAUCGUUAACUUCGUUAUUAAAUGAACUUGUGGAUCAUUCAGUGAUCCUUUAUCUCUAAAAAUUGUAUUAUGUGCUCAUGUUCGUUCUAUAAUUUGGAAUAUUUUCCUUUAAUUUAGACAAAUAAUACUUCAAAGCAAAUAGAAACGAUUGAAUCAGUUCGGUAUAACUUUCUACGAUUCAUCUCCUUUAAUUUUAACAUUUAUAGGCCUUCCUAUGGUUUGUACGAAUUAGUGUUAAAAUGUAUGCAUCUCACUCCACUUAAAAAUAGACGCACUCUAUUAUUAUCUACAUUUUUACAUAAUUUACUUAUAGGGAUGAUCGAUUGUCAAGAGGUUCUUCCCUUAUUCAUUUUAAAACAAACUUCCAUAACACCAGAAAUAGUGAUUUAUUCUAUCCCAUCCCUUAUAAAACAAACUAUAUAAAAAAAAUAGUCACUCUAAUAUCUUAAUGGUUAUCUCGAAAUCGCUGUAAUCGCUUAAAACGUCUCAUUUUAACAUCUUCUUUGUUGUUAUUAUUACGUAUAAGAAUCUCUUCAAUUUGUAUCUGUAACUUUUCAAUUUUAAUAUGUACCUUAGCUCCUAAAUUUGUUGUGUUUAUGCUGUUUAUUGCUGUAUAUAUCAGUGUUCAUAUACCAUGUAUAAUUUUUACUAUGCUUGCAUUUUAAUAUGUUAAUAUAUAUUAAUAUGUAUAGGACUCAGGUCCGUUUAUAUGAAUAAAUAAAUAAAUAAAUAAAUAUAGGCACAUGAAAGUCUUUCCGGUACCAUCGAAAAUUUCUCCCAUACCACUUAUUUAGAAAUAUAUGAAAGAGAAAGAAAUAAAUUAGUGUGACAAUUUUAAAAUACUUUUAUUGGAGUUUGAAAUAUGCUCACGACGUUAUACGUUCGUGCUAUAGGUAAUUUUCAAACAUAUUUCAUAUGAACCAGUAAAUAUUAUAUUAUGUAACAAAUUAAGAUUAAAUUUAAUUAAUUGAUAAAUAAAUAAUAAAUUAUGUGUUACGUAUAUCCAAUAAACAAAUUAUUUUUAUGUUGACAGGCUCAUUCUUCAGUUGAGAAAGCCGGUCUCAUUGGCCUGGUAAAAAUGCGAUUUAUCGAAAGUGACGAUUCGUUGUCUUUGAGGGGAACUCAAUUGAUGGAAGCUAUUGAAAUCGAUAAAAAACAAAACUUGAUACCAUUUUUCGUAAGUCCCUUAUAAUAUACUUAAAUAUGAAAUUAAAUAAAACUGAGUUUUCUCAAUAUUCGUAAAACGUAUAGAUUUCUUUAAAAUACAGAUGCUUUUUUCUGUUACCUUCUAUAUUAUAGUAUAUUAGUCAGUCCUCGAAUUGGGGGGACGGAGUACCUCAACUAAUAUUUCAGAAAUGUAAGCAUACCUCUACUAUUAAUUUGAAGUGAAACACUUUGAACGUAGUAGUGGAUACAAGGGGUGACGCCAGGCGUUCACUCCCCCCCUCCCUUCGACCUUGUUUUUUUACGUAAUUCUUAUACUUUACAAUUGUUUAUAUAAUACAUAUAUAUUUUUUUAAUAAAAUUCACGCCCCUUUAACAACCUCAAGAUCCACUACUGAUGGGAAGGUACAUAUUUUAAAUAUUUAUCAAAAUGCAUUAAAAUUUAACUUUAAAUCGUGUACAAAAAAAAAUUACUUUAAAAAAGUAAUCUUUUUUCCCAUUAAUUCAAAUUUCCAAAACAAUUGUAAUCACAUACAACCAAAUAACAUCCACAAAAACUUGAAAGUUCAAAUAGUUAUAACUUAUAAGUUAUAAGCCGAUAAUUUAAAAAUAUCCAGAAUGAUUUGAAAACUAUACCAUGUCUGGAAAGAGCCGUACAUAGGAAAUUAUACCUAUAUAUUUAUUAUAUGCUAUAUUUGUAUUUACGGCCUCUACGAUUAUUUUUUACUGAAUAAAUAUAAUAAUAUAUAGCAGAAACCGUUAGUCGUUACUGUGUAAAUGUAAUAUUUAAAAGUUUCCUAAAGUAUUUUCUAGAGUUUUCCCCAUGAUUAAUGCUAAAAAAAAAAAAUUAAAAAAUAACCUCAUUACACCAAACGACAUUUGUUUACUAGAAACCAUCAUUCUUUUCUAAGUUAUUAAUCAGGGCAAGAAUUCUGGAUGUUCUCAUUCAGAAAAAUAAAUAUCAUAGUAGAAUCAUAAUAGGUAGUAAUCAUAGCAAAACUAAAAUAAAUAUUAUUUAUUAUAUAAUCAAAGAGUUAGCCUGUAGUAGGUAAUAGUAUUAAUGUUUAUUUUCGGAAAUUAUUAACUAUUGUAUUAUUUUUAAAAAUUGGUAUAGGGGGGAGGUAUUAGAUUAAGUGCAAUAAACGCAAGAGACGCUUAUUUUCUUAAGUCUUAUAUUUUCUCUUCUUUUAUUUUUUUAAUUCGUGCACUGAUAUUACGACUAAAAUGGUUGAAACUUAUUACAUUAUUAAAAAUAUUGUGUACUGUUUAAAUAAUUUAUCACUAAUUUUUAUAUAUUAUUAAUAAUUAUUCUUCCAAUAGCUAUGCGCGACGUUGGGUACAACAGGUGCUUGUGCAUUCGAUAAUCUAGAAGAACUCGGACCUAUAUGUAAAAAAAAAUAUAUUUAUAUAAAUCGGACGAUAUUUAAGAAGAGCUGCUGGCAUUUAUUGUCUCAGAUAACAUAGCAAAAUUACGUUACCUAAUUAUUAAAAUGCAAACUGUGACCUGGAGGGGCCACAGUUUUGCUGCGAGGGUUAGAUAAGAAUUGGUUUUCAAACACAGAUUACUUAAUUCAAAGAUGGGAAUAUUUUCUAGGGCAGUAGGUUACUAUUUUUCUGAAAUAUUGUUAAACACAAACGUUAUAUCUAUUUUAAAAAUAAUGAAAACUCACAUUACUGUAAAUUUUCUAUUUAAUAAUAUUUGAAAAAAAAGUAACCUACUACAUUCGAAAAUAAUUUCAUCUAAACAUUUUGCAAUCAGUGUUCAAACACUAAAAUUUCAACCAAAACGCCACGAUGUAUGGUCUAAGUAACGUAAAUUAUUAUUUUACUAUGUUUCCCGUUAGUUUGACUGAGGCUACAGUAAAUGCGAGUAUGAUCUCCUCUUAAUUUGUUCUCAUAUGUUAUUAAAAAUUAAAAAAUAAUUAUUUAAGGUCACGCCGAGGAUAUGUGGUUUCACGUAGACGCGGCUUACGCGGGAACAGCGUUCAUAUGUCCCGAAUUUCGUCACUGGCUCACCGGUGUCACGUACGCCGAUUCCAUCGCGUUCAACCCGAGCAAAUGGAUGAUGGUUCAUUUCGAUUGUACAGCCAUGUGGUAAAAUAAAAAACUUACAAAAUAAUAACAAUAAUAGAUACUACACGAGUUUAUUAUUAUUAUCAGGGUAAAAAACAGCGAGUGUCUCCAUCGAACUUUCAACGUCGAACCGUUAUAUUUGCAGCACGAAAACUCAGGUGGGCAUACCUAACUAAUAAUAUUAUUUUUUCUUAACUUUUAUCAACGAAAAUAUAUUAUCUAAUGAUAUAAUUAUGAUAACAAAUUAUCAAUUACCUUGUAUAACUUUCAGUGGCGUUGAAAUCAAAUUUUACAGAUGUUGCAAAGCAUACAUUUAGUGCCCUCCCCCAACAAAAACAGUCAUAAUAUACUUCUUGUAUUUUCAUUUCAUAAUAUACUCCUAUUUAAUGAAAAUGUAAUCUCUGAAUUGAUAAUUUUAUAAUAACUUUCCCUUUGAACAAGAGCCAUAUUAAAUUGUAUUGUUGUUAUUUGAAAAAAGAGAAUCUAUACAAUCUAUAAAGAAAUCUAAUGUGUCUGUUGAUAAAUGUUGAGUUAUGAUUCUACUCUUUUUUUGUUUCAUAUUUCCACUCUGAACACAUUGUGAUCUCUCUGGCAGAGGGGAAAAAAAUUAUUGUUCAAUACAUUAUUAUUUAGAUUGAUUCACGUUUUCGAAAAAGAGACGAAAAUAAUCAUUAAAUUUAACUGCAAACCUUAAACCCCCUCCCCCUUUACAGAAAUCACUUGACCUCCGCCAAUUAUGUCCCUGAUACAAUUAUAAAUAUAACUUCACUCUAAGAGUUGCCUAUAAAACAUAGGUCAUAGGUAUAUAUAAAAAAAAGACAUCCAGGGAUAAAUGGGGACGGGUACAGCCACUGUUAUAUAUAAUUUAAUGUAUACCAUGUAAGCAACGAUUAACCAUUGCUUACGAAAAAACGAUUCUGAGUAGAGUUCAGUUGAUAAUGAUACCUUAUAAACAAUGUAUAUGUCAUAUUAUAGUAAGAUAAUUAAAUGGGCUUUAUAUAUUUCCUUUAAUAAUAUUUGUUUAAUGUUGUACCGAUUUUCCCUGAUUUUCUACUUUUUUCCCGAUUUUUCACAUUUACUGGGCAAAACCCUUGGGCAAAUCGAAAAAUAACCUCCUUAAAGUACCUUCCCAUAACGACUUGAUUCCAGAAAUGGUGGUACACUUAAGAAUCGGAGCAAGUCUUAUGAUAUAAAAAUUGCGCACAAAAGAAAAAUAAUAAUAAUAAUAAACAUCUUUAAAAAACCAUAAGCUUCUUCGUUCCACUCAGAAUCUAAAAUAUUUAAAAUGUAAUAACUAACGUAAAUAACUCAUCGGUUUUGUAUACUAAUUUUUUUUUAUCAGGUCUCGCUAUUGAUUAUAUGGUAAUUACAUUUAAAUUUAAAAAAUUAUUAUUUAUUACAAAUUGUAUACUUCACUAGCCGACGAUUUUGAUUUUGUAUAGCACUGGCAAAUACCACUGAGUAAACGGUUCAGAGCACUGAAACUGUGGUUCGUUAUUCGUUGUUUUGGAAUUAAAGGUCUGCAAAAACAUAUCCGAGAAGUGAGUGUAAUUUACUAUAGUAAAAAUGUCAAAUAAAAAUACAAUUUCGUUUUAUGUAAAUGUAGGGCGUGCGUUUGGCUAAAAAAUUCGAACUGCUCGUAUUGAACGACGGAAGAUUCGAGAUACCCGCGGCUAGACAUUUGGGCUUAGUGGUUUUUCGUCUGCGUGGCGAAAAUCAUUUGACCGAAAGACUAUUGAAGCGUUUGAAUUCCAAAGGAAGAAUUCACUGUGUCCCAGCAUCUCUGAAAGGUUAUAAUAUUAAUAUGUAAUUUUUUUUUCUUCUUCUAUUUAGUGGUUUUAGAUAUUAUAAAUAUUUCGAAUAUUGUAUUAAAAUAGUAUUAAUUUGUGCAUAUAUAUAAACCUUGCAAUUUAUAAGCAUUUUUUUUUCUCGGCAGGAAAAUACGUUAUUCGUUUUACUGUCACGUCGCAGUAUACUACGGUUUCGGACAUUACGAGAGAUUGGGCCGAAAUCAAAGCGACAGCUACCGAAAUUAUAAAUGACAAAAAAGCCGACACAACCUACAAUAAAACAAAAGUUUCGCUAGCUGGUAAUGCUCAAGUUUAAUCAUAUAUUUAUUUCGUUAUAUUUUUUUUAAAUCAAUAUUAUAAUAACAGGCGCAGGCUGGCUGGAGUAGGUACCAACAAUCUGAUAAUCUUAUCUAUCUCGGUAUUCGCCCUUUCAGCUCAUAUCGGUGGGAACUAUAGAUAUUUUUUUAGAUUCUAAGCGAAGCGAGGAGUUCAUUGAUUUUAUAAUGAUGUUUUUUUUUUUUUUGAGGUACGCCUAUUUGUACUUGCAGAGUUUUAAGCUAAUCUAUUGUAUAUACUACUAUAUUAUUAUACGGAUAGACUAAAUUAAUAUAAUCAUCAUCUUGUGUAUAGAACAAAUAUAUAACGAUUUUGAUUAAAGGUAACAGGAGAAGAAUAAUGGAAGAGUCCACUUAUUUAAAUUUUAAGAUUUUAAUGUAAUAUAAUAUGUAUUAUUUAUCAUAACAUAAUUAUGUAAUUUUUUUUUUUUUUGUCAAAAUUAAAGAUACCUAUAGUUAUUAUUUGUAACAAAACUUUUUAUAUUUUUAUUUAUAUAAUAGCGAUAUUUGGUACAUUCAAUUAUUUUUUUAGGGACAUAGAUAUUAAAUUUUCGGUUUACCCCGUUUUUUUUAGUAUGAAUACGAGCGAUAAUCUUUUUUUUAUUAUAUUAGUCAAAUCAAUUAGAUACACCAGAGAAAAAAAUAUCUGUUUAAAUAUUUAAGUAGUCAAUAAUAUAAUAUACUUCAAUAGUAAAUUUUAAAUACAUAAUGUUACGUAAUGUAAACUUGAAUGACAGACACAUAUAUUUACGUUACAAACAAAACCUGCUGAAAACGAAAGUCGAAUCUGAAAUUUAUUGGAUCCUAGAACCGAUAAAUGUACAAGAUGCGAUCAGAUUUAACACAAACUGAUAUCUGUACUUACUACACAUAUUACAAUAAUAUUGAUGAAAAAAUGGUCUUUGGCUCAUGUCAAAUUGAUAACAUUAAUUUAAAGUCGGUUUGUUAUAUAUCAAGAUUACAUAUCUAUCUAUAUAUAUAUAUAUAUAUAUAGAUAUUUAUAAUAAUUUUUAAGAUAUCUCUGUAAAUUUCAGAUAAUGCCACUGUAGGGCACAUAUAUCGCUCUAAAAACCAUAAAAUUUCGAACUAAAAUAUUACAUACAUAAUAUAGUGAAUUUCGAAGUUUUGUUAAACUCGUAUACCUACCUACGUAGGUACCCAUUCCUAUAUUAUAAAAGAAAUAUGAUAUACUAAAACAAAAACUUAAAAAACGUGGUAAAAAUGUAUUAUUUAUUUUAAGUGAGUCUUUAAUAUUUUUUACCUACGUACUAUAAUAUAUUAUAUAACAUUUAUUUUUAAUUAUAAUUCCAAUAUCUAUCAACUUACACCAAUUAAUAUAGUACACUUAUGCAAAAAUAUUGAAACCAAUAAAUAUAUGCUGUCAACUUAUUAGUACCUAAGUACUUGUACUAGUAACUACUUUUAUAACCCAUUAAUUGUUUAUAAUAUCUCUAAAUCUUUCUUGUUAAAGGAGUUGGAAUCGGUUUUCUAAAUUGUCUCAACAAUUUAAAAGUUAUUGUUUACCUUUUUAUGAUAAAAUUUUUUCUCCUUUCUACUGCCGGAAACACAUUUAAACGGAAGAGGUACAUCCGUUUUUAUGGACGAAUGUGACGUUUUAGACCGAUAAGCGGCGAAAAAUUAGAGACACCUCCAAAUGUCCGAUUUCAAUUUUUAAAAGAUGUAUGCAUUUUUAAACAAAUUGUUUAGGUUAUUAUUUAUGAAGUCGGUUUUUUUAUUUAAAAUUGAACGUGUUCAAAGUAAAUACAAAUAUAAUAUAAUUUUCACAAAUAAUAUCUUAAUUAUAGAGGUCUACUAAACUGAAUAUUGAAAAUCAUUUUUCCACCCUAAUCUAGAAAAUUUGACAACAAAUUCAUACAUACUUUCAAAAUUAAAAUCGGAUAUUUAGAGGUGUUUCUAGUUUAUCGCCACUUGUCGGUCUAAAACGUUACAUUCGUCCGUGAAAACGGAUGUACCUCUUCCGCUUAAAUGUGUAUCGGGCAGUAUAUUAGAGGAAAAGUCUUAUCAUCAAAUAUGUCUGAUUACCAGCUUAUGUAAUUAGCUUAUACAUAGCUAACACAGCUUUUUGGUCUAAAAUUUAUGAAAAAUAGGUGUUCCAACACCUUUAAAUGAAAUACUUCGUUUAACCUAACCUGACAUGCACAUAAUAUUAUAUUAUUGCUUAUUCAACUUGCGCAAAAAGAUGUCCAGAUAGAGCCAGAAACCACUCCCGUAAUACAAUAUGAAUGUUUUUAGUAUAAUUUUACCCCAACCCUAUAAUAAAAAAGUACAAACAUAAUAUUAUUAUCUUAUAUUUUUCAAAGGCAAAAACCGUUGUUCAUCUUCUGAGCAGCCCUCUACAUUUUUUUCAAAUAAUUAAAAUAAUAUUGAUUUUAAAUGGUAUAAAAAGUUCACACAUAAAUUGAAUAAGAAUUAUACCUAAUUUUUUCUCAAUUAUACAAAUACACAAUAUAAUAAAAAAUAAUAAUAUUUGUCUGCGCUUAUAAAUACUUUUGUUGCCAGUUCGCGCCUGUGAUUAGAAAUUGAUCAACCGAAGUAAUUUGAAUAUCGCUCCGACACUUAAAAUAACAUUUUUCGUACCAAAAAUAUAAAAAUUAUAUUAUUAUAAAUAAAAUAUUUCCAUUUGAUUCGUAUUUAUAAAAACUAAAAACCCCAAGUACUGCAAAAUAGUGUGCCUUUAAAAACUUGUAUAUUAUGUAAUAAAAAAAACUGUCACGAAUUUCCUUUUCUAUUUUUUUUUUUUUCUUGUAUUUUUAUCUGAUUACAGAGACACGUAAUUGGAAUAAUAAUUUCGGAGCUAGUUUAUUGUUGGCCAAUUCACCGAUGUCACCGAAGGUCGUGAAUGGAAGUUUCGCUGCGUUGUUCGACAAUGAAGACGAUGACUGGUCGCGCAAAUUAUUGAGAAGCGAAACGAAAGACAGUUCUUGUAAUUAUAAAAUAUAGUACUCACCUAUUACCUAACAACCGUCGUUAUUGCAAAAUAAUGUAAAAAUUAUUAAAAAAAAAAAUCACUUAUAAUUUGUUUCAUUUUCCUGUAAGCAAUGAGAAGAAGAAUCCGAGGAAUUUUGAUGUCAGGAAAACAGUUUUCUUUGGAUUCGCGAAUGGAUUUGGUUCAGGGAAUGGUCCCGGAAAAAGCAAUAUGUAUGUCAGAAUCAACAUCCGAUUCAUCAGGAGCCAAUUCAGGUAAAAUAAUAUAAUACAUAAAUGUAAAAAUGUCAAAAUAUCAAUAUGUUUAAGUAUACUCUGACUAUAUUCACAAACCACAAUUUAACAUUCGGUUGACUUUUUUUCUGCAGAAAAUAAGAUCAUCGAGACGGACGAAAAAGGCGAGACCGAGGAACCGAGAAAUCAAAAAUCACGAAUUUUUCGCCUUACGCAACACGAAACCAGCCUUACGCCUUUGAUGGAAGGCAACAACGCAGAUAAUAUUGAUUAA